CGUCGAACCACCUGGAUCAGUAUACGUGGCACACAGCGGUCGGUAGAGCAACUACCGGGGCUAUCAUCGCAACGCGAAGCAUUGUGGGGCAGAGGCGGCCUUCUCUUCAUUGAGACCGGCAAGAAUUGCUGAAGUAAAUAUCGGAGGCAGAGGACUUCUACAUUAGCUAAUUAAUAUUCCCUUGACUUAUAGAACUAAGCCUCCGUUUCGUUAGACAUGGGGCAGGAGGAGCUCAUGAGUCGAGCCGAAGAUGUGGCGGACCAGGUAGCUAACUUCGUUGUUUCACAGGCUAAAGUUAGCUAGCUAACGGCUUGCUAGGUUGCUAACUUUUCAGACUGAUUCAGAGGAACAGCGGGUUCUAGCUAGGUAGCCACAGCUACUUGAGUUAUUAAUUUAUAGCUUGCUAACUGGCUAAUAUUACUUGCACAAUUAGCUAGUUACACGCAUUAUUUGCUAGAUAACGUUUGGUAGACAUUGUUUGCCAACUAUCAAACGUUAGCUAGCAUGAUGUAGUUAGCUAAUAGCUAAUUACUGCAGCAGAAUAAAUCCACAGAUAAUUGCAGUGCUUUCCCUUUUGUGCUUUCCCUAGCUACUUGUAUUUAGGUAGCUCACUAGCAUGCUACCUAGCCAGUGAAUUUGGAAGCAAUGAUUCAAAUUCAUAAUUCCCGGUUAACUAGUUAAUGAUGCAACUCUUGCCACACAGUAGCUGAGAAUUCUCAACUCCACGAUAUAUAGCUAGCUAACGGUACCGUCCUAACCACUUCACAUCUCAUUCUCAAUGGAGUUGAGUGGCGUUGAGUUUUGGUGGAGUUGAGAAUUCUCAGCUAGCCACACAGUAACACACUAUAGUUGACUGUGUCUUUGCAAAGACCUGUGCAAAUUCACUCCCCCACAGAGACACCACACUCAACUCUUAUAAUGAAGUGUGUGUGUAAGAACACAAAAUAAUAGUGUUGUGUAAUGUACAAGACAGAGGCAGAAAAUGUGAACAUAUGUUCUUGUAUGCCCCUUUGGUAAGUCUAGCUUUUUGCCCUGUGGUUGAAAUUGCAAUCCCCUUGGAAUUCUGAUCUAUAAGUGGAACGUGUCAAGAACCCCAUAGUUCAGGUUACAGAGCUGUUACCCAGUUUGAAGAUUGGACUGGAAGUCAUAUUAAUACAAGCCUAUAGUGCUGUAUUUCAGUCAAUAGGAAUUCACAAUAUUUCAAGACCGGGGCUAUUUCCUCUCGUUCUAUAGCCCAGCUCUAUCCAUGUGAGCUUUUCUGUUUGCACAGUUUACAUACCCUCAGGACAGACAUUAAGUAAGGGUGUAACAUAGGCCUGCUGCUUUAUCGAAAACUGUCUUGAAUAAACCCCAGCUGAUACCAAAUAUUUAGUUCACCCCUAGCUGUAAAAUAGCAGUUUGGAAAUUUCACCUCUUAAAUUGCUUUGCCAUGAAACAUGUCUUAAGGUAGGCCUGUCCUAUACGUUAAAGGCACAUUUUAACAAGACAGUGCUGAAAAUUCCUCACUAAUAAGCUGUAACAAACAGUUCUGAUCUAAUGUUGGCUACUCCACUAGGCUGUAGCAGCACCUUUUAGGUCCUCUCUGAUUGGCCGCUCGGCCCUCCCAUUUGUGUGCCUCUAUGAAUGACGUGGGAGUUGUUGAACUGUGAUAGGCCACCUCGAACCAGGCAGUGCUGAUGUGGACUGUGGUGGGAGGUGUUGUGGGAUGGUUACUGUUCUUCUGCUGUACUUUAGUAGGUAGACGAUGAUCAGUUCCAAUGUAUUGGAGCGAAGCCAACAUAUGGAGGUUUAGUGAAUGUAGGGCAGUUGGUUAAAGUAAGUGAGUAGGGAUUGAUUUCACACACACGGUAAUUGCAGGUGCUAAUAACCUGAAACAGGAGGUAUUUCCAUUAUGCAGAAUUGAAAGAAUCUGCAGAUGUUUGUAACCUAGUACUGUAGUACUUUGAGACUGACACAAAGCAGGGUGCUUUUCUAUGAGAGCCUGUAUUUGUCCAACUUGCCAUUUAAAUAUACCAUCUUCUAGGGCCUCCCGAGUGGCGCAGCGGUCUAAGGCACUGCAUCGCAGUGCUAGAGGCGUCACUACAACCGGCCGUGAUCGGGAGUCCCAUAGGGCAGCGCACAAUUUGCCCAGCGUCGUCCGGGUUAGGGGAGGGUUUGGCCGGGGGCCUUUACUUGGCUCAUCGCGCUCUAGCGACUCCUUGUGGCGGGCCGGUCGCCUGCAGGCUGACCUCAGUCAUCAGGGUGAACAGUGUUUCCUCCAACACAUCAGUGCAGCGGGCAGGUGUUAAGAAGCGUGGUUUGGCGGGUCAUAUUUCGGAGGACGCAUGACUCGACCUUCGCCUCCCGAGUCCGUUGGGGGGUUGCAGCGAUGAGACAAGAUCGAAAUUGGGGAGGAAAGGGGGGUACAAAAAUAUAUAUUACCUCAUUCCCUACUGCAAUGCCACCAGCUGGCCUACUCUCUGUCUCUUCUCCCAAAUUGCUUCUGGAAUGACCUUUCAUUUAAUAUCCUGUAGGUUUUCAGUAUAUUUAUUUAAAGGUCCUCAUUCACCCUCUUUUACUGUCAAUGCUAGUGUCUUCUGAAAUGUAAUUGUACUGUAUGCCAAAUGUAGGCCUAAAUGUCCCUUUCCCCUCUCUCUCCCAGUUCUUGCGGGUUACGAAGCAGUACCUGCCUCACCUGGCUCGGCUGUGUCUAAUCAGCACCUUCCUGGAGGACGGCAUCCGCAUGUGGUUCCAGUGGAACGAGCAGAGGGACUACAUUGAGGGGACGUGGGGCUGUGGCUACUUCCUGGCCACCUGCUUUGUGCUGCUUAACCUCACAGGACAGCUUGGUGAGCAAGGCUGGGAUCAUUAGCCUGUUUGUUUCAUCAAUAUAAACAUAAAACAAUCUGCAUGGGUCCAUGCAUGGAUUGAAAAAGCCUGUUCAGUAGAGAGUCAAUCUGGGUUUGUGCCAAAGCCACAUGAUUUGAUCAUUCAUUCACUAUCGACUAAUUUGAGUGGUUAGUGUGGUGUGGACCUAAGACCGUAGAAUGAUGACCCCAUGCUGUCUUUGAAGGCUGGGGAAAGAUACAGGAGUUGUAAUAAGUGGGAAUGCCACCCCUUUUGGGGAAGAUGGGGUACAGUUGUGCCGGUUCAAUUGGACGAGUUUCUGCAAUCCUAACCUUCAGUUAUUUUAUUCACUCCAACAGGUGGCUGUGUCCUUAUCCUCAGUAGAAAUUUUGUACAGUAUGCCUGCUUUGGAUUAUUUGGAAUCAUAGCUCUACAGGUAAGGAAAUAUCUAAUCUAUUGGCAUUGCAUUUCAUGUACCUUUCUGUGAUUUUUGGCUGACAACUGAAAUGGCUGACAGCCGCACACUGGCUAUGUUCAUGAAUUUCUGGCUGUGUAAUAUUUCGUGCUGAAUUUCUUAUACUUUAUUUUUUCCAGACGGUUGCGUACAGUAUUUUAUGGGAUAUAAAAUUUCUGAUGAGGUAGGUCUCUUCCAAUAAGUUUAUGAAUAAUAUUUUUACAUAUUAAAUUGAAAAUAUGCAAUUGACUUUAGUCUGUUUUACAUGACCAAUUAUAUUAGUUGUUUUUAAGUGUCUUAAAACCGUAGGUACAUUUUCCACUGUCCGUCUGUCCCAUUAAUUUUAUACCCCUAUACAUUGAACCAGUGUUGUAGUUGAGUCACUAAACCUUGAGGUUGAAUCCCAAGUCCCCUAUGCUCGAGUCCGAGUCGCGUCAUUAGCCCCUAUGGCUGAAGUCCGAGUCACCAAUGGUCGAGUCACGAGUCCAUCAAUUUAUAGUAGGUCUUAUGCAAUUGUGUCUAGUAACCACCAGAUGACCACUCCCUCAUAUAUUUGUUGCUAUUCAUCACUAGCUCACAAGUUCUACUCAAUACCUGUGUGUCACUACUUAUUUACUACAUCAAUUAAUGGUAAGUCAGGCUUUCAGAUACCUUUUUUUUUUUUUUUUCGGCCACUGAUAGUGUAGAUUUUUUAUUGCAAAGUGAAACCUAAAGGGAGGCUUAUCAGAACCUGGCUAUGGGAUGCAGGGGGGAAAGUGGGAGGGUAGAGCGAGGCAACAAAUUCAAAGAUGGACUACUUUUCUAUACUCAAGGCCAGAGAGAGACAAAUGGCUAGACUGUUAUUUUACUAUUAAACUCAAUACUAGAGUUUUCAAUUUUGUAAAGCAGUUUGUGUUUCUUAACCAGGCAAAGCUAAAUAGUAGACUGGUGGUUACGGGGAAGCAAGAGAGUUGCUUGUGUGAUGUGUAGCCUAUGAUCGGAGCGGAGUCCGCCUGCCCACAUUCAUCGCUGGCUCUCCCGCAGCUCACCAGCUGAUGUAGGCCGGGUGUGGCGCUUCCUUCCCACUGCUACAGAACAGAACCCUCGCUGCUGUGCGCACCCAGUGCUGCUAAUAUUCUGCUUAUCAUAGUAGCCUAUUCAGUCCAAGUGCAAAUACGAGUCACAAGUCAUGAAAAUUAGGACUCGAGUCGGACUCGAGUACUGCAACACUGCAUUGAACUAAGUAUGGAUCUUACUUCCCCUCUUCUCCUACACAAUGUCGUCUCCUCACCUCCCCCCUCCCCCUCCCCUCCUCCAUUCCUCUCUCAGGAACCUUGCUCUUGGCGGUGGACUCCUGCUAUUACUAGCGGAGUCACGUUCAGAAGGGAAGAGCAUGUUCGCUGGCGUCCCCUCGAUGGGGGAGAGCUCACCAAAGCAGUACAUGCAGCUGGGAGGGAGAGUCCUGUUGGUGCUCAUGUUCAUGACCUUGCUGCACUUUGACCCUAGCUUCUUCUCGGUGAGUAGCCCACCACCCUGCCUCUAUGGUGCCACUCAGGAGGGACUACAGUUAGAGGGGAAUAAGCUGUGUAAUGCAUUUUCUCAUGUAAAUAUGCGGAGAUCAAGCUGAGUUUGCAUGUGGGGUGUUGACAGUUUUUGUUAAGAUUACGCACAAUCAUGUUAGUAUUGUAUGGUAUUUAGAGAUUUGACGGCCUAAGUGCUGCAUUCGAUUAGACAGGUUCUGGUGCAACAGUUGUACAGUAGCAUUGGUGGUUCAGUCUGCAGUCUGAAUCCUGACCCAUGUGUCCCUCUCCACUCCCCCAGAUCCUCCAGAACAUGGUGGGCACGGCUCUCAUCAUCCUGGUGGCCGUUGGCUUCAAGACCAAGCUGGCCGCCCUGACCCUGGUAAUAUGGCUGCUGGCCAUCAACGUCUACUUCAACGCCUUUUGGACGGUGCCCGCCUACAAGCCCAUGCACGAUUUCCUCAAGUACGACUUCUUCCAGACCACGUCCGUCAUCGGAGGGCUGCUGUUGGUCGUAGCACUGGGGCCCGGCGGGGUGUCCAUGGACGAGAAGAAGAAGGAGUGGUAGGGAGAGAGAGAUACACAAACACCUCUAACCCCAGGACACACAAGGACCCCCAGGGUACACGUCAUUAUUCUGACCAUCCACAGCAACCUCUCCCUCCACUAUUCUCUGUCUCUUUCUUUUCUUUUUUCACAUUUUGUUUUCCAGCUGCUGUUUUGUUUUUGAGGUCAAUAUGGUCGGUACUGAAUUAUUUUAUACACCUAUUUAUGUCCCCUUAUUUUGGUGCCAAGAAAAAGUCAGAUUUUGAUUAAACUGUGUCAAAGUGCAAAGUAACUCAUUCAUGAGUGAUGGGUGGAUAAAAAACAUAUCUUGGUUCUGUGUUGCAGAGGUAUGAAUAUCACAAUGUAUUUAUGGAUGUUACCAUAACCUUUCAGAAGAAG